ACUACGUCACUUCCUCAAGGUAUUUCCAUUUGUUUGUGGCAAACGCCAGCAGUUACCAAGUACCUUUUACACCAAAGCUAACGUUACUAUUUUAACUAUCAAUAUGUCAGGGUGGAAACGGCAUUAUCUUUAUUAUCUGUAAACUGCUGUGUCCUGAAACCAUGCAAGAAAUAGUGUAGCUAUCAAACGAUUAAGCGCCAGCAAAGAACCGGAAAACGUGCGUUCGCUAACUGAAGUAGUUGGCCAGCUAGCGUUAGCUAACGUUAGCUACUCUAGGUUAAUUGGCUAACUAUUGUUAGCUGCCUUGUUCCUGGUGCAGUGUUGGCUGACAUUAGCUGACUUCGUGAGCCGAUGGAGUGCCCUCAUCUGAACUCAAACGUGAGCUGUCCCAUCGACACCUCCAGGCUCCCUAACGGCACUCCGUUCUCCUGGUGUUGCAACGUUUGUAGGUCUAAUAAGAGUCCAUGGAUUUGCCUUACUUGUCUGAUGGUCCAUUGUGGAAGAUACGUCAAUGGGCAUGCAAAGAAACACUUUGAAGAGUGUCAAGUCAGUGGCGUCGGUCAAAAGAAGGGCGAGAAACAAGAGAAAGAGAAAUCCCAUCAUUCCGUCUGCAUGGACUGCAGCAGCUACAGCGUGUUCUGUUACAGAUGUGAUGACGUUGUUGUUAAUGACACAAAGCUUGGGCAGGUGCAGAAGGUCAGGGAACAUCUGCAGAGUUUAGAAAACUCAGUACUGAUGGGUGACAGACAGAGGAAAAGAAAACUUCAGGAAAACCCAGCCUCAGAUAGCAAGUUGUUGAAAGACAACGAUGGGGCCGCUUUAGGAGCUACAGGUCUGCGGAACUUGGGAAACACGUGCUUCAUGAAUGCCAUUCUGCAGUCCCUCAGCAACAUCAAGCAAUUCAGCUGUUAUUUCAAGGAGCUGCCUGCAGUGGCUCUACGCAGCGGUAAGACGGCAGGAAGGAGGAUGUACCACACCCGGAGCCAAGGGGACACCAGUGUGUCUUUGGUGGAGGAGUUCAGGAAAACCCUUUGUUCCCUGUGGCAAGGAAGCCAGACAGCCUUCAGUCCAGAUACCUUAUUUUAUGCUAUAUGGAAAAUCAUGCCAAGUUUCAGGGGCUAUCAGCAGCAGGAUGCACACGAGUUCAUGCGGUACCUGCUGGACCACCUCCACAGGGAGCUGCAGUACAGUCGCAACGGGGCGUCUCACCCAGUCUCGCCUCAGGACGGGGUCAGAUUCUCCACUGCAGAUGGCAAAUGCUGCAUAAAUGGGACUGCCAGUGUUGUUACAUCCAACUUUGGUGGCAUACUGCAGAAUGAAGUCAACUGCCUGAUAUGUGGAACAGAAUCUCGGAAGUUUGAUCCCUUUCUUGAUCUGUCUUUGGACAUUCCCAGCCAGUUCAGACAGAAGAGAAGUAAGGACCAGGAGCCGGGGCCCACCUGCACCUUGCGUGACUGCUUGCGUAGCUUCACUGACCUGGAAGAACUCGAUGAAACGGAGCUGUACUAUUGCCAUAAGUGUAAAAAGCGACAGAAAUCCACCAAGAAGUUCUGGAUCCAGAAGCUGCCAAAAGUUUUGUGUCUGCACCUGAAAAGGUUCCACUGGACAGCCUUUUUAAGAAACAAGGUGGAUACCUAUGUGGAGUUUCCACUGAAAGGCCUGGACAUGAGGCGCUACCUACUGGAGCCGGAGAAUUCAUUACCAGAGAGCUGCCUGUAUGACCUCGUUGCUGUCGUAGUGCAUCACGGAUCUGGGGUUGGAUCGGGGCAUUAUACGGCAUAUGGCAGCCACGAGAGCCGAUGGUACCACUUCAACGACAGCACGGUGACUCUGACCAAUGAGGACGUAGUGAGGAAGGCCAAGGCCUACAUCCUCUUCUACGUGGAGAGGACCGAGCAGGUGGCCUCGGACAAGACCGCCACGAACAAGCCUGCUGUGGACACGGCAGCCACGGACAGCGGCCCUUCAGAAGCAGUUGCCCAGGACAAGGUUGCAGCAGACACGGGUUUGAUAGAUGUGCCAGCCUCACGCAUGAAUACCCAGGAUGUGGCAGCCCCAGAUGUUGCUGCAUCGGGAAAUGUGUGUGAGGACAUGGCUGAACUGCAUAAAGCUAACACGGCCUCAAUGGAUGCUGCAGCAGAUAGCGAUACCUCAGACAAGGCGGCAGCAGAGGAAGCCAGCCAAGCUAUAGAAUGAUUGUAUCAGACGGCCUCAGACCAGCUAUUCACUCCAUUUUGGCUUUUCUCCUCAAUCUCAUUUCUCCCCAUGCUUGAGUUUAGUCAUUUUCACGUUUAAUGUAUUUGCAAUACUAUUUAGUUUUUUUUAUGAUCUGCAUGGCAACAUCAUCUAUUUGCUGCUUGGGAUUUGUUUAGUAUGACUAGUUGCAUUUAUUUCCAUAAUGUUUUGUUCCUCGGUUGAGAUGGACUUCUCUGUAUGUAAUGGAUUCCAGAUGUGAUUGUUUAAACAUAAUGAAGUAAAGCUGUAGCCUGGGGAAACCUCAGUUGGUCCAAUAUUUAGCCUAGACUGAAGAAAUGUAUUUUGUCAAGACAUUGUCAUUGUAACAAUAUUUGGAGUUUCUAUUGUUUUUAAAGUUUCUAAUUUUGUAAUAUCCA